AAAAAAUGUGAGAAAUCCGGAACAAAAUUCUGGAUGAUAUUUACACCUUACACCAUGUAAAUAUUGUGGAAAAUAUAAAAUAAUGUCGAAGCGUGCAAAUAAGAAUACAAACAACCAGGCGGAAGAUGAAGAUGAUGGAGAAAUCCCCCAGGAAUACUUACGGAAUACCCAAGAUAAGGGCGAAAGGCUUAGGAUACGAACUGGCUACCGAACGCUCAUAGAAGAUUUGAAUAACAAAAAGCAUGAAUUAGUGAAUCCAGAAAAUAACACUUUAACAGAGGCAUUAGAAGUCGCCAAUACUCUGAAUAAAGAUGUCAGGACACCUAGAGAAGGGGCUCUUGAUUCAACAGCUAUACUCACAAUAUCCAGUUUAGCUAGACAACAGGCAGACAACUUAAACACAGAUUUUGUUAGAUUUGAACCAAUAGAAUUUGCCGAGAAACUGGUAGCAUUUAUACAGAGAGAAAACAAUGCUCCUUCAGAUUCACAUAGCAGGAUUUCACCUGAUGGAUGGAAAAACCUUGGUGCCGCAGGGCAGAAGCUGUUUAGUAAAAACCCACCGUUUCAUUUCAUGGCAGGAUCUUUUGACAGAGAUGUGAAAGAAAGACCACAAAGAAAUCCUAAUUUAAAAAAAAAUACUGAUAAGGAAACUAUUGACAAAGAGACGAUUCCUAAGAAGAUGCAAUCUUUUGAUGGCAGUGGUGGUAAAAAUGAAGCCACAACAGCAGAAGUAGAAAGAGUGUUGGAUAUUUUACAGAAACUUUAUAAACAAACAGAUGAAAAUCCAAUUUGCUUCUUCGAAUUUGUUUUAAAUCCCGAAUCAUUUGGUCAGACCAUAGAGAAUAUAUUUUACACCUCAUUUUUAAUAAAGGAUGGUUUAGCAAAGACGACACUUGAUGAAGAUAAUUUACCAUUGAUAGAGCCUGUAGAGAACAAUGAAGGCGAAAGAAAUAAGCAACUUAGCAAAACUAGGAAUCACCAAACAAUUCUGUCCAUAACUCCAGCUGAAUGGAAGGAAUUGAUACGUGUCUAUCAAAUAGAAGAACCACUUAUACCAACCAGAGAUCAUACAAAACCUCCAGCUAAAAAACCAUUAAUAGAAUCCAAAACACAGAAUAGUGCAACUCCACGUGUUAAAGGAAAGAAAUGAUUUACAUAAACAGAAGCUAUCAUUCUGAAUAGUAAACUACCAUCUUGGAAAGGAAAGAAACGAAGCACAUAAAGAAGAAGUUGGGGAAAAAUGCAGAGCCAGCUAGUUUAGACAUGAUAGAUACUGACUUUCUUUUCAAUGUGCCUUAUUCAUGUUCCUUACUAACAGUUAAUACUCAUAAACCACCACUUUUUUCUGUGUUUUUUAAUGACAUGUGCAAAUAAGACUCAUGUAAAACCAAAUUUAAGUGAAACCCAUUUAACAUUUCUUACAUAAUACUAUUAUUUAUCAUGUUAUGUUGUUAUCUAGUCAUGUAAACAGUCAAGUAAGAGUUGCUUACUCACAGAUUCAAACCUUGGGAUAUGUGAGAUAAUUUGGAAAAUCAUAAAUGGGGGAUCAUUUAGUAGGAAGUGGGGUGAAUUAAAAAAUUCCAAUUUACUCAGGGAUUGUGCCUUAUUUUAUUUAAUCAGAACCUCUUCAAACUUAGAUAAGGAUUUCCACUUUUCAAACCCUCAAAUGAGUUUGCUUAUUUAAAUCUCAAAGGGUGGCCAUUUAUUAGAAGGUUAUUUGUAUAAAGGAGCAUUGUGUUUGUGAACUUCUAAAUUGAUUACAUUAGGAGAGAGAGCUUUCCUAUUUCCAUACUGAUACAUGUUUUGUUUUUAACAUUGUAGAUAUUUAAUUUUUUACCUGUUAGGCCAUGCAAUUUUAGAAUUAUAUGAGACUGUUGAAAUGACCACUAGUGUUUAUUGCACACACCAAAUGAUAAAAUUACCUGCUUUUUGGAACCAGUCUAUUACAAGUGCAUUGUUACAGCAUCUUUUAAAACUGGCAGCUUUUGAAAAUCAGACUUCUUUUGAAUAACUUGCUGUUAUACUGAAGUGAAACCAAGUGGAGAACCAACUAACUUAAGCCAGUUUAAAUUCUACAGAUGACGCAACAUUUAUCAAGUACAGCAACAUUCAUAAUGCAAAGCAACAUUUAUGAAGCAAAGAAACAUUUAUAAAGCAAAGCAACAUUUAUAAUGCAAUAAGUUAGCAAUAAUUCUAAUCAUUAGAUUUUAUAACGGGCAGCAAACUAUUUAAAUAGAUCAUGUGAAAGUCUUGUGUUCAACUUUUGAUGUCACUUAUAAUCAAAGGUUUAUAUGUAUUUCAUCUCACAUUAAUACAACUAGUUUUAUAUUACAUAUUUUCUUCAUUAAUUUCUCUUCUUAUUUAGUUACUGAACAAAGAUGUACAUUUUAUUUUGUGAUAACAUUUUUAGAUUUUAGUUUUUAAUGUAUGAAUUGUUUUUAAAUAAAUGUAUGAGAAAUGUUUCCUAGAUUAAGAUAAACAUGCUGUAAAUAUUAUACAUGUCUUUUAGUGGUCAGGUACAAUGACAAAUCAGUGUUUUCCUGAAAAGGUUUAUGCAUAAUGGCAACCUAAAUACAUUAGUUUAUGCCUUUAUCUUUCAAAAAAUUAUAGCCUUCUUUUUCAUUCAGAAUUUAUGACUUUUCCUUUGAAUCAACCGCACUCAAAAUAAAAUACAAAAUUGAAACAAUUUCUAGGGAAAACACUAAGUUCUAAGAAUAUUUUUUUUUAAUUUAUCUGCAUUUGUUUCCAUGUUGGAUUAUUAAUAUUUGACCAAAUAUGUUUUGGUAUUUAAAUCAGUAUACCUAACAGGUAUGUAUAAAUUAGAUUACUGAUGUUAAAAACUUGAAGGAGGUUAAAGUGUACUGUACAUGUAUAUAUAAUUAUUAAUGACAAUCAAUAAAUGUGUUUCUUAUUAUUAAAAUUACUUCCCUUUGUUUCCAAAUGUUUCUUGUGAAAGCAAAAUGUUAAAUAUGUAUUAAGAAUAGUGCUGCUGUCUAUCAUCUUAAAUGGUUUCCUAAACACUAGACAAUGAAUGAGUUUAAAUUUACCUGUCUAGGAAGAUAUUCCCCUAAAAAAGUUUAUUUGUUGUGGGUAGAUUUAUUACUGAAAUAUAAAUAUUUUCUAUUCAUCAAAAUGAUCAGACAGCUAAAUACUCUUUAUCAGGUCUCUCAAAUGAUUUAUUUAUUUAUUUAUUACAAUUGUAUUUACUCAAAAAGGUCAAGAUUUCAGUAAAAAAGUCAAUCCACUUAAUUUUGUGUUGUUAGAAUUACACCACAACAGAUAAUAAUGCCUUGUUUUUGAAAGUGGAAAUUUGGUUGAUUUGCCAUUUACAAAAAUACUUGAUUUGGGAGACUUGAAAUCACCAUAUGUAUCAGGUUGUUAGUUUCAUAGAACUCAUUUCACAACAUAUUGUUAUUUUAUUAUUUUUAUAUUGCCAAUUGUUUUUAUUGAAUUAUUAAAAAUGAAAUAAAAUGUGAAUAAAAAAUG